AUGUCCUGGCUGCCGCCGCCGACUGGGGAGCAAGUAAAAACCUGGCUGGACACUGUAUUCGAAGACGUCGACCAUUUUGGCCUUCGGACUCUGUGCGGCACCCGCCGAUGGAAAACAAACGGGAUCAACAUUUAUAAGGAUCUUGCAGCCAACCGCCAAACAUGGGUAGCUGCAAUCAAAGACAUUCAUGAGGCCGGCUUACCUUUCCAAGGAGCCAGCCGUAGUAAAGUAAGUUCGAUUAUGGUGAAACAAACAAAACAUUCUUGCUCGCAUGCCAUCUCACCGAAUCUUUCUCCACCGUUUGAAGCUCUUCCUCGUCGUCGAUGCCUGUUCAAACUAGCCUCAUUCAACAUGCUUACUCAUAUGCGUUUACCACGAGAGGCGUGUUUGGGUAUGGAAUGGGCAGCGGGAGAUAAGCUGCGCUAUUUAGAGUACGAUGACGAUAUCUUUUACCUGUUCGAAUGUAUGGAGGAUGCACAAAGAGCACUUGAUAGGUUAGAAAGUUCUGUCGUUCCGUUCGCCAUGUGCUUUGCACCUUCAAAGUGCAAAGUGAUGCUGCAAGACUGGGUGUCGCCGAGUUCCGUUCUGAAACUAGACGGUCAGGAAUUAGCUGAAGUUUACUGCUUCUCGUAUCUAGGUCUGGUACCCUUGCACAACGCUUGUUCUUUUGGUCACUUGGAGGUAGUGCAUCUCAUGCUUGCCGCCGGAUCCGAUCCAAAUGCACGCGAUUGUUGGAACUAUACACCGCUUCAUGAGGCCGCGAUCAAGGGAAAAGUCGAAGUUUGCAUUCUCUUGCUUCAGGCCAAAGCUGACCCCCAGGCACGCAAUUUAGACGGCAAAACUCCGAUUGAACUUGCUGAGGGAGCAGCCCGUUUGGCCUUGCUAGGUGAGUACCGGAAAGAUGAAUUACUGGAAGCGGCUCGAAGCGGUAACGAGGAGAAAUUGAUCAGUCUGCUGAUUCCACAAAAUGUGAACUGUCACGCUGGUGAUGGUCGUAAAUCUACACCGUUGCAUUUGGCUGCAGGCUACAAUCGCACAAAAAUUGUCAAAAUCCUCCUUGCUAACGGGGCAGAUGUGGUGGCCAAAGACAAAGGCGGUCUAAUCCCACUGCAUAACGCUUGUUCGUACGGUCAUUUGGAUGUGUGUGAGCUGUUACUCGGUGCCGGUUCCGUCAUGGCACAAGUCCACGCAGCGGAUCUCUGGCAGUAUACACCGUUGCACGAGGCUGCAAGCAAAGCACGUGCAGAAGUAUGCACCUUGCUGUUGGCUCACGGUGCGGAUUUGACCAAACCAAAUUGUCACGGGAAGUCCGCCUUAGACUUGGUUCCAAACGCGAAUUUACGCUCCCGCUUGCUAUUCGAGUUUCGUGGUUUCAAACUGUUAGCUGCUUGCCGUUCUGGGGACAUAAAUGAGGUUCAUCGGGCCCUUUGUUAUCAACACUCCCCCGAUAACUCACUGGGGUCGGCGGACAUACGCGAUCGGUCUGAUUAUACGACCGGGACAGCGGCAAUGUCAGGUGGCACUGGGGAAGCUAUCCUCUUGGGUCCUGACUCUUCCUCAGGCAGCCCCAGUGUGCUCUGUACAGAUGAUCUACUGCGUAGUGAUCACCUUCUAUGUUUCACACAUCCAUUUACCAGAAACACUGUUCUGCAUGAGAUUUGUAUACCGGUUGAUUCGAAUACCUCUCAGAACAAAGCAAUCAAUUCUCCGGGGCUGAACCCAUCCACAGCCUGUCCUAUUCCAGCCGCUGCGAAAUCAACACAAUCCGAUACUUUAGGGAGUGUCAGACAAGGGUUCACUGCACGUAGCCCACGUCAGCAAUUACUUGAAUGGCUACUUCAAACAGGGGUUGUGAAUGUGCAACAGACAAACAGUCUGGAACAGACCCCUUUGCAUUUGGCAUCCCGAUACGGUUUGCUCGAUCUGGUUAUUUGUCUGUGUCAACACAAUGCCAAGGUAAAUGCAGCUGAUUUGCGCGGGCUCACUCCGCUGCUUCUGGCUGCCAAAUAUCGCCACGCACAUGUGGUUCGAUUCUUGGUCCAGGUUUCCGGUGCAGAUACGACUGGGUUACCAGGCCCCAGCAUUUCGGACGAAUUGGAUGCAACCGUCAUCGGAACGAACGACCAAUUCCAGCCGACAGAUGCCGCAAAUAUGCUGCGCACGGAUGUGAAAGACAAGCUGCUAUCCCUGACUCUAACAAACGCAGUGACAGCACGGUCGCCAACAGAUAUCAACUCCUCAUCCAUUUCAAACAAACCAAACUUUAUGGGACCUGCAACAAUGGCUGCUAAUCCAGAAUACUCAGUGACUUGUGAUAUGGCUGAACCUAUGGAUUCUAUAAUUUCAUCGUCACCGCGUAUGAUGUAUACGCCGUCUGUGUCGUCCACAACCACCUACGCGGAAAACAGUUAUGUGAACGCCGUUUCGCAGGUCAGUUCAACGGUCACAGUACCCCCGGCAACAGUCGUAGGCAGUGUGUCAUCUGACGCAAACACACUGGUGCCAGCAGUGGCCAUUAACUCCGCACCACCCCCACCAACGGCUACGAUGGCUUCAAUCUCACAACCAUCUCCUGGUAUCGGUGGAUAUACAUGGGCUGAUACGGUGCUUCAAUUACUUGAAGCUGCCAAGGCGGGUGAUGUGGAAAUGGUCCGUCGUUUAAUUACGGCGCAUCAAGAGGGUAUUGCUGGACGUGCUGCACUGCAUCCAGGUGGUGCUUAUGUAGCCAAUUCAUCGUACGGUGGUACUCGCGAUGUAGAUGAUUUCGCCCCAGGAACUGCAUCCGCUGCUGGUCCCCCAAUGGAUUUGAUUAACUGCCGUGACAUUGACGGACGUCAUUCGACUCCAUUGCAUUUCGCUGCGGGGUACAAUCGCCUCGCGGUGGUUGAAUUGCUACUCCAGUACAACGCCGAUGUACACGCCAAGGACAAAGGCGGUCUUGUUCCUCUGCAUAACGCUUGUUCUUACGGGCAUACAAAGGUGGCUGAAUUACUGAUUCAGCAUGGAGCCAAUGUGAAUGUGACCGAUUUGUGGCGCUAUACUCCAUUGCACGAGGCUGCAGCCAAGGGCAAAUUCGAGAUAUGUCGUCUAUUGCUGCAACAUGGGGCGGAUCCGAACAAGAAGAAUCGUGAUGGGCAUACACCAAUCGAUUUGGUUAAAGACACUGAAAGUGACGUGUACGAUUUGCUUCGCGGUGAUGCCGCCGUCCUCGAGGCAGCUAAACGAGGUGAUUUGCUCAAGCUACAACGUUUGAUCACACCGGCCAAUAUCAACUGUCGGGACACACAAGGUCGCAACUCUGCCCCAUUACACUUAGCUGCAGGCUAUAACAAUGUUGAGGUCGUUCAGUUUCUGCUGGAGACCGGUGCGGAUGUAAACGCAAAGGACAAAGGUGGUCUGAUUCCUCUGCACAAUGCCAGCUCGUACGGACAUGUGGAUGUUGCCGCGUUGCUUAUUCGUUACGGAACUUCUGUAAAUUCCGUAGACAAAUGGGGCUACACACCUUUGCAUGAGGCGGCCCAAAAAGGGCGAACUCAACUGUGUGCUUUGCUCCUGGCACACGGAGCAGAUCCGUCUAUCCGGAAUCAAGAAAUUGUUUCUUACCCGUCUGGUUCGGUCACGAUGGACAUUCUAGCUGAAAUGGGGCAUGCGGAGUUACGCGAGCUCGGUGUCUCGGUGUACGGGCAUCGUCACAAAAUUAUCAAAGGCAUUCAACGUUGGCGUGUAUCGUUGGGCGGUCAUGCAACUGGCAUCGUGACUUCUGGUUUGCAAAAUAUGGACCUUGGUACCGGUAGUGCAAUACGGUCGAUCAAGCAAUCCAAAGCACAAAUACCCGCACUUAAUCCAAUGUUCUCCCCGGCCUAUAGAACUGGUUCGGUCCAUGCAACAGCUCAUUUUCAUGGAGUUGGAGUUGCUGAGGCCACUCCAAUCGGGCCGAUGUAUUUCCCCCCGGGAUCUAAUCGCAGCACUGUUAUGCUUGAACUGGAACCGUCUGACCCAGAAUUUCGUGCGGUUGAAGAACAGGUUCUCAGCACUAUUCGCGAACACAAAGAUAACUGCGGUGGAGUUUUCAAAACUUACGAAGUGCUCAAAGUUGCUCGUAUCCGAAAUCGGCGUUUGUGGGAUCGUUAUGUACAUCGCUGUAACGAGAUCAGCGAAGAUAAUUCGGGACACUACAACGAACGCCUACUGUUCCACGGAUCCCCAUUCCUGCAGGCGAUUGUAAUGAAGGGUUUCGAUGAACGACAUGCGUACAUUGGUGGCAUGUUUGGUGCCGGCAUCUACUUUGCCGAAAACUCGUCCAAGUCUAAUCAGUACGUUUACGGUAUCGGUGGUGGAGCUGGUUGCCCCACACACAAAUCUCGUUCAUGUUACGUCUGCCCGCGCCAAAUCCUCCUCUGUCGUGUCGCUUUGGGUCGUUCGUUCAUCCAGUUCAAUGCGAUGAAGGUGGCUCAUGCACCCCCUGGACACCAUUCCAUUGUUGGUCGGCCAAGCGCAGGUGGCCUGAAUUUUGCCGAGUAUGUGGUUUACCGUGGAGAACAGGCCUAUCCCGAAUACCUGAUUACUUACGUCCUGGUUCCACCAGAAUCUCCCGGAACUGAAGAAAACAGUCUUACUGUACCCUCGACAAGCACUAACCAACUUGUAGCAACUUCAGCCCCGGUCACUCUUAAUCCAAAACCUUCGGCACCUUCUGCAGUUUUACCAACAAGUGUGCUAUCCUUGCCUCCCGCCUCGUCCACCUCCUCAUCUGAUGUAGUCAUGCCCAUCAAUAUGCCCGGUCCCGGAUCAAACACUUCUGGUGGUAAUUCACUACCUGAUCCAUGUAGUUCCAACACAGAUUUGAUCCCUACAGCCGGUUUGUCGAAAGUCAACGGCAAAUUGACAGAUGGCUCACGUUCGGUUAGUUCCGUAGCUGCUACGGCCCCUGGUGGUCCAGGUGGAUUGUAG